AUGUAUACGGAGCUUGGUCCAAAUGGAGAAAUACUGUAUCAAUCAGAAAGAAUCCCAGCUGAUGUCACAUCAGCAUUCACAAAGCAACCGGGCAAACAAGACUCUAUGGGUAGCACGUGCGCACAAAAGACAAGUGACCAGUAUAAAACAUUUGAUUUACCAGGACGUUUUGAUAAUCCAGGAUGGUGGGACGGAUAUUCAAAGAAAGCUGUAAAUCCAUUAUACACUACAACAAGCAUGGACUAUGGUGCUGAGAAACCAAAUAUUCAUACAAUGCCAACAGUUUAUCGCACACAAUCGAGUCAAUUUACAGAGGACUCAACACAUCCAUUGACAAAGCAAAAUGCAAUGAUCGUUGUUAAUAAUAAAUUAUAUAUUUAUUUAUUUUACAUUGGACUGCAACAUUCACUAUUGUUAUAUAUACUGUUACUACCGUCAAUCAUUUACUAG